AUGGGGAUGAUGGCGCCUAAGGCUAUCGCGUUCGUGUCCUGUUGCUGUCUGCUCGUCGUGUCCACCGCCGCGGCACGUAGUCUCGCCGCCGACGGCGAGAGCUUCGGUGGCCGCAAGGACUACUACACUCCAGGCCCCACCGACCCGCAGCACUCCCCGCCCUCACCGCCCAGCUGGACCUCCCCGACCACCCCGGGUAGCAACUACAACCCACCCUCGCCGUCCGCAGGGACUGAUCCUGGUGGUCAGGACACCCCGCCGUCGCCGUCCAGCGACACCUCUCCAGCCACCCCCGGUGGAGGCUACUACCCGCCCUCUCCGUCUACCGGCACUGCCCCUACCUCGCCUGCUGGCGGGAACUGCCCGCCGUCGCCGUCCUCCGGCACCUCUCCGACAACUCCGGGUGGAAGCUACUACCCACCUUCUCCGGCAAGCGGCACAGCUCCUACCACGCCUGGUGUCGCGAACUGCCCACCCACGCCAUCCAGCGGCACCGCUCCGACCACCCCUGGUGGCGGAUACUACCCACCCUCACCGUCAACCGGCACUGACCCGAACACCCCCGGCGGUGGCAGCUACCCGCCAACCCCAACAACGCCUGGUGGCGUCGGUGGCUACUCGCCAUCGCCCACGACGCCUAGCGGCGGCAACUGCCCGCCCACCCCGUCCACCGGCACCUCACCGACCACUCCUGGUGGCUACUACCCACCCUCGCCGUCCACUGGCACUGACCCGAACACGCCCGCUGGCGGCGGCUGCCCGUCCACCGGCACGUCCCCCACCACGCCAGGUACUGGUGGGUACAGCCCGCCAACGCCUUGCAUUGGCACCGCUCCGCCCUCGGGCACGCUAACGCCAGACGUGCCGUCAGCUCCGGGCACCCCAACUCCGUUCGACCCGAACACCCCGCCCUUCUCCCCGCUGGUGCCGACGCCGCCGACGAGCACACCCACGCCUUUCGACCCAAACACCCCACCCUUUUCCACUGGCCCUUACAGUUACUGGAUGUCGCACCCGGGCGUGAUCUGGGGCAUAUUCGGCUACUGGUGCCCCCUGGUGCGGCUCUUCGGCCCGAGCGCCGCCGUGCCAUUCGGGCACGACCUCACCGUCCCGGAGGCGCUGGCGAACACGCGGGCCGACGGCGUGGGCGAGCUCUACCGCGAGGGCACGGCGUCGAUGCUCAACUCCAUGAUCAGCACCGGCUUCCCCUACAGCACCAUGCAGGUCAAGGACGCCUUCGGCGCCGCGCUCAGCUCGGGUGAUAACCGCGCCGCCGCUGCGCAGGCGCAGCUCUUCAAGCUGGCCAACGAGGGGCAUGCCAUGCACUAG